CAAAGCUCGUGAAAGUGUUAGAUAGUAAAGUUCUAUCUCAGGUGGAAGGACUGGCGAAUAUUGUCUUUGACAAUACUUGGUUGGAAAUCAGUUUAAACAGGCAUGCUUAGUAGAAACCAGAAAUAAUUCUGAACGGAAAAUAGAGAUAGAGGACGCAAAGACAAAAUAUAUCAACUUAUCUGGUGCUAUAAAAAGAAUUCUUAACAUAUCAUGAACCUUUUAAAGGCGUUGAUCGUACUGUCUGUAGCUGUAUUUUCAAAGGUGUUUGGUGUACAAGUUUGUGGAAAAGCUCUCGCAAAUAUGCUUGAUUUAGUCUGCGACGGAAGAGGAUUUCAUUGGAUAAACCCUGAUAACGUAAUGCCUACAAUUUCAAAAAGAUCGGCCAAUCAGUAUUUAACGAAAAGAUCUGGUUCCCUGCAAAGAAGAGGCGUAGUAACAGAAUGCUGCCGGAAAGCAUGCACUUUACAAGAUAUGGAAAGUUAUUGUGCUGCCCCGUCCUACGAUUAUAUCUAUAAUCCCAUAGGUGCACCAAUAACAGAAGAAGUGGCGAACGAAAUGGAUGAAACAGCCAAGCUCAAUAAUUUCCCGAAUUCCCUGACAACCGCACCACCACAGCCAGAAAGAACAACAACAAAGUCAAUAGCAACAACACCUAGGCCAGUACCAAUACCAAUACGACCCAUUGGACCACCUAAUUUAAGAAAACUAUUUACAGGAAGUUAUUUAGGAUUACCAAAAAAUCACGGACGAUACAUGGGUCUUGGAAGCCGAUUUUUCUUUGUUAAACCUGUCGGACCAAGACCAACUAGAACGCCAGUGGUUGCUUAACUCUGCAAAAA